AUGUAUAUCUCACUUGCUCUUAUUGUUUUUCUUUCAUUAUUCAGUCAAUCAUUGGCUGCUGGAUGUCCAAAAAUCGUUACUCAAAAAGAUUUUAAUGCUACAAAAUAUUUAGGUCUUUGGUAUGAAAUUGAAAGAAAUGAUAUUAUUUUUGAAAUAGCAUCAAGAUGUGAAAAUGCUACUUAUACAGCCAAUGAUAAUGGUACUGUUGGUGUAUGGAAUCAAGCUGUUACUGCAUAUAGUGGUUAUUAUAGUAUCCAUGGUAUUGCUCGAGUUAAAGAUCCUGCAGAACCAGGUGCUUUAGAAGUUAUUUUUACUAAUCCAGCUCGAAAAGGAGAUUAUAAUGUAAUUACAACAGAUUAUAAUGAAUAUGCACUUGUUUAUGCUUGUGAAACUAUACCAGUUGUUGGUUUUAAAAUGGAAUUUAUUUGGUUACUUUCACGAAAAAAAUCUUUAUCACCAUCACGUAUCAAUGAAUUAAAAAAGAUUUUAAAAGAUAUGGGAGCUGAUGUGAAUAAUGUUAAACCAACUCGACAAGAUUGCUCAUAA